AUGGCGACCGUCCGGCAAGUGCGGCAGACCGACUUCACGGCGGCGAAGGGCAACUCCCUCCAAGCGUGCAUCGCGUCUCUCCAAGGCGUCGAGCUUGACACGGUGCCGAACUUCAUUCUGGAUCCCGCCGGCUACAUGGCAGCCAUCAACCGCUAUCUGGCGCCACAGGGUUUGACCUUUGAGAAGAUCACGUUGACCGCCAAUGGCUCCGUGCCCGCUGACGCGAGCCGCCUACCGCCGGGUAGCGCGGUGGUCCUGCGCGGCAAGUCGCCACGUGGCGACUUUGGGCAUGUGGUCGUGGCGCGCGUCGAAGCGUCUGGCGAAGCCUUCGAGCCGAUCAUGGAUCCACACCCGGACGAUACGUUCCUCGAUGGCCCGGGCCAAUGGGCUGGUGUCCUCGUCCCGACAACAAAGACGCUUGUCGUGGCCGCUCGCACCCAGACGACGAUGAAGGAGGCCAAGGAUCCAACCUUUGUCGACGACAUGAUUGCGAUGCUGGCGUGGCUUCAACUGGGUUUGUACCUACCGAUGCUUUUGUAUUUUCUCUGGGCCCUUGUGCGCGACCCCGCGUUCGUAAACGUGCUGCAAGGUAUCGGGACGCACGUGCGCACCCGGCUCUCCAAGCACCUCAGCGCCACCAAGUAA